UUUGAAAACUCAACCAAAUGCAUUGACCCCAAAAAAUAAAACCCAAAAAGGAAAAAAUAAAAUAACAUAAAUUCCCCAAUGCUUUAAAUUGGAUUCAAUUCAUUGCCACCACAAACCUCAUUCAUUCUAUUCGCAAUAAUUCUUGGUUUUCUCUCCAACCAUUUCUCCAACCACCGUCCAGAAGCAACAGAGAUGGAAAACCAAAACAAGAACACGGCGGCGAGAAAACCAAGAAUUAUGUGCCUUCAUGGCUUUCGAACAAGUGGAGAGAUAAUGAAAAAACAGAUUCAUAAGUGGCCACAAAAUGUUCUUGACAAACUCGAUCUUGUUUUUGUCGAUGCUCCUUUUCCCUGCACAGGAAAAUCCGAUGUUGAAGGAAUUUUUGAUCCUCCUUAUUACGAGUGGUUCCAAUUCAACAAGGAAUUUACAGAGUACACCAACUUUGAUGAGUGUUUGCAGUUUAUUGAGGAUUAUAUGAUCAAACAUGGACCGUUUGAUGGUCUACUUGGAUUCUCACAGGGGGCGAUAUUAUCAGGUGCACUGCCGGGUCUUCAGGAGAAGGGUGUGGCAUUGAGGAAAGUUCCGAAAGUGAAAUUUCUUAUGAUAAUAGGAGGGGCUAAGUUUUUGGAACCUUCAGUGGUAGAGAAAGCAUAUUCUUCAAAAAUUAGUUGCCCCUCUCUCCAUUUUAUAGGAGAGAAUGAUUUUUUAAAACAGUAUGGGAAAGACCUCAUAGAAUCAUGUGUUGAACCUGUGGUAAUUCAUCACCCAAAAGGACACACAGUACCAAGAUUAGAUGAUAAAAGCUUGAAUAUUAUGACAGACUUUAUCGAAAGAAUUCAAAAGGAUAUAUCUCAUUAAAGAAUGGACUGAGUUUGAAGGACGAGCUAAUAAUUCAAAUCAAUUUUUAAAAUGAUUUUUCAUUUUAGCGUAAGGUAUUAGUUUUGAUAUAGACUUGUAUUUGUAUUUCUCAUAUGAUUAUGCCCAUACUUUAUUUUUUUUCA